AUGAGGCUAAGCUUUGAAACGCGGUUUUGUACAUUACCAGUGGCACGCUGGACGUUCCCGCUUACCUAUCUGCCACUGUCGGCCAGCUGCACUUUAUCGGAGAUAUGUUCUGCAUGGUUACCGCCCAAUCCUUCGGAUGUAAGAAUCUUUCUUCUCUCGUGUUGUACGCUACUUUUGAUAAAUAAUUUAGCUUCGUUUGUGUUUUUACUGACACGAAAUGCGGUUCAAGCUAAACACCCGGCCGAGUCGCUCACGAAGGAACGAUACCUUCACUAUCUUCUAAUCGUAUGGCAGACAAACUCUUUGCUGGUGCAGGGCUACAUUUGGUAUCAAAUUUCUCACUAUCUACAUGUAGAAGAAGUAGUGCACCUUCUGCCAUUGUGCCUUUCUUUACUUUGUUUGGACACUUGCUACGCGAUCGCACUGAAUGGCAGCAUUCGAGUGAUGUUGAACAUCUUUUAUAGAGCAGUCAUUGUCGCGUUUCAUGCCACCGCAUGGCUUCUGCUCUUGAUUAGCCUAAUGUGUGCAGUACACAGGGAGUACGUCGGCUGCAGCUUCAUUACCUAA